AUGAACUUUGCCGGGCCACUAUUGAGGUGGGAGAGGCAGAGUUUGUUUGUUGGCUUGAGUGGGUGGGCGGUGGGCAUGGGUUCUCCGUCCCUCCGAUGGGUACGGAAAAAGGAUGCGAAUUGGCGCGGUGAACCUAGCGCCGGGGGGGAUGUUGAUGUGUCUUUUUCAGGGAUCACGUCUCCAGCCACUGCCGACUUAGACGGAGAGUCGUCUCACGCUAAACGCAAUACGGGGCGACACGCGAAACGAUGCAAGCGAUUUUCAGAAACAGAGGGCCCCACCGGGUGCUGGGGCUGCCUGUGGGCGGGCGGGCGCGGUGAUUGGGCCCAGAGCACAGACUGGACGCCGCCGGCCCUGGGCGAGGGACAGGCUCUGGAACCUUCAAGGUUGACCCCCGGUGGCCCGCAGCGGAUUGACAGCGUGCGUCUUCAACGGGUGGAUGGCGACCGGUUGAACGUCGGCCUGUGGUCCGUGAGCUCGGGCAAACACGUGAGACGAAUUAUCCGUGGCCCUCACGGCUCCGAAGUGGAUGUGCAUUUCCGUGGAUGCAGGCAAAAGCCAAGUUAA